GCGGCCUCGGUGCCGGUGGGGGAAUUGGAGAGCAAUUGGGGAAAAUUGGGAGGAUUCUUUUUCCCAGUUGCUGCCACCRCCAUCAUGAGCCAGCGCCGGGGGGUCCUUGGGGCCCCCCCGCAACAAAAUCACCACCCUGUCUGCGGUCCCACCCGCUCCAAAUCCAAACGCCUCCGGACCAAGCGGGAACGCAAUGUGGCCAAAUUCGGCCCAAAGGUCACCUUGGGGGGCUCCCGGCGGGGUCUCGCUCCGCCACCCCGCUGGCUGCAGCCCACCCUGUGGAGGGGCCUCUCUUUAGGGAGCCCCCUGCGCCCCCCCAAACCCGUGGUGAUCACUCACAACCGGCUGUGCCACCGCGGCCUCUUCAACCGUGAGGUCAAGUCUCUCGAUGUCCGGCGCCUGCUGACCCCUGGCCCUGGUGGGGAUGCACCCCUCCCGAUCCCCCAAAUUGAGGAGGGGGAGGCCGGAGGGAUCCCGGCCAAGGUGCUGAAGGAGGCAGUGGUGAGUCUGGCCUCGCUCCUGGCGAGUUCUGGGGCAUUUCUGGGACGGAAUUUGGUGAGCGAGCGUCGUCGGAGUCUCACGGCUGCCCUCAGGCGGCACCACCACGGGCCCCCUGACCUGGGGGUCUUUCUGACCCACCGGACCCYGGCUCAGCCCCCAGGUCAAGGGACCUUCCGGAUUCCCGAGUGGGAGGCCAGGCCAGGACGCUCAGGACAAGCGGUCAGUUUGGUGGAGUGGGAGGUGAGGGACCUCACUGUCAGGUCCCCUGGCCCACUGCAUGAUGUCGAUAGGCCUCCACUGUCCCCCUGUACCCACAGCCCCAUUUUUGGAGCCCCCAGAGAGCGGGAGACCAUUUUCUCGUGGAGCUCGGCUGAGGAGGAUGAGACCCCCAGGGGUCUUGGGCAGAAUUGGGGGGGUCUCGAGGGGCUCCUUCCGGGCCCCCCCCACUUUUGGAAGUCCCCACAGCCCCCCCAGGAGGAGGGAGGGGACACAGGCUGGACCCACAUCACUCCCCCCACCGUCAACCUAGACCCCUCACCCUGGGGACUCCCCCCAUGCAGACAUCCCCGCGGGCCCCCCCCCACCCCUAGACCCCCUCAGACCUCCAAAGAGUGGAGACUGGAGAACCCCAGGCACGCUCUGGAUCACCCCAGGGUGCCCCAGGACACCCUCAGACUGUCCUGGGGUUCCCCUGACCCACCCCGAACUCCUUCCAGACCCAUCUGGGAACUCCCAGACCUCACCCAGACCCCACCAAACCUCCCCAGACUACCCCGGGGCCCCCCAGUCUGGAGUUCUGAGGCCCCCAGAGCCCCCCUGCCGUCCCCUCGACCUAUUUGGGACCCGCCAAACCCCCUCAGACCCCUAUGGAAGCCCAGACCAUGGAGUCCAAAGGCUGCCCCGAACCCCCCUAGAACACCCCCGACUCCCCAACUCUGGAACCCAGAGCCUCCCAUGCCUCUGCUGGACGCCCCGAGACUCCUCUGGAGCCCCCCGAGACCCCACCGGGAAUCCCCAGAUGCCUCCAGACCCCUCUGGCAUUCCCCAGACUCCCCCCGGGUGUCCCUAGACCCGCUCAGAUCCCCCAUGACCCCCCAACUCUGGAGCCUGGAGCCGCCUUGGGACCCCUCGGGCCUCCCUACACCACCCCGGGACCCCUCUGGACCCCCAUGGAACCCCCGACCCUGGAGCCCGGAGCCCCCCGGAGCCCCCCAGGACCCGGAACCGUCACGCUGCUGCUGCCAUCGGCUCUAUCGCGACACAGCCCAGCGCGACCCGCUCCGUCCCCAUCUGCUCCGCCACCGCACCGUCCAUCGCGAUCCCUCCUGUCCCGACGCUUUGCACCGCGCCCCGCCUCACCCCGCCCCUGYCUGUCGCGACAUGUCGCGUCUCGCCCCCAGCCACCGCUGCCAGCCCCCGAAGCGCCGCCGCGCGGGCCGGGGGGUGUUCGGGGAGGGAGCCUGGGGGGGCCCCGGGGACAGCCCCCCCCCGCCCCUGCGCCCAUCGGGCUGCGGGUGCCCCUGCAGGGGGGCCUGCUGCGGGGCGGGCUGUGAGAUGAGGAGGGGGCUGUGA